GGACUCGGUCUCGGACUCAUCACUGAAUUAAUGUGUAAACAUUUGCGGUUUGAACUACUUCUUCAUUUUAUAACCUAUUCUCAUGAAAUUUGGCACACAAAAUAGAGGUAUAUGCCUAAAGAUGCGCAAGACUUUAAACUGAUGGAAUUUCUUUUCCUGACUCACUCUUUUUUUAGCCGAUGCGUAAUGUGUGCUUCAUUUCAUCCCCAUAUUCUAAUGAAUAACCUAACAUUGUCACACACUAAUAGGUCGAACAAAAUGCUCCGUGGUUCGGUAAAGUCUGUGAGAGUGAUCAAUGUGAAUUCCACUCAAAGACCCAUGAAAAGGAUCGAAGAUCUACCAGUUUGUACACUAGGCUACAACAGCGAGCAGCCAGAAGUUGCGGGCUACUACGAAAUGGACAAUUGGUACCCUCCAACUUGUCAGGUUCGUCGCUUCAGAAAUAUGGCUAAAAUGAAGAAGUGUUUCAGAAACAGGCAAUUCUUCUUCUUUGGUGAUUCCACUAUACGACAGCUACACGAGUACUAUCUCGAUACGCUGAAAUUAUCCAAAUCUUUCCUCGGAGAGGAGGGGUCUGGCUACACAGGACCAGUUUCGGGCCGAGAUGUGAGCAACAAUAUAACGAAAUUUUUCGCUUUUCAUAAGUAUCCCGUUGGCAAACAGAGUUGGACCUACGACAAAGAUUUGGAGUAUAUUGCGACGAGGAUCAACAACCUUUCAAGUUCCGGGUUUCCGGUGGUAGUUGUUUCUGUUUGGGCGCACUUUGAGUCGGCUCCUCCUGUGAUUUAUGAAGAAAGGGUCCGGGGAAUAGUACUUGCCAUGGGGAAGUUGCUUGACAGGAACAAACGAGCUGUGGCCUUAUUUAAGAGCGGCAACACGCGACAAAUUAAAUCAUUGGGCCAACAUGCUUGCUGCAGUGAUUGGUACGCGAGAGGCACUGAAGAGCGCAUGCGUAAGAUCAUCUUUCGGGACAAGAGGAUUGGUUUCAUCGAUGCUUGGGAUAUGACUCAUGCGCAGUUAUUAGCUGAUGAUGCUCAUCCCAAAGGCUCUCAUGUUGCCAACAUGAACGAUCAACUUCUCACGUUCUUAGGAUGCUCCUGAAAUGAUGUUCUGUAUUCAUGGUAUUGUUCUGUGUACAUAUUGAUAUACCUUGCCGGAUAGUAAACACAGGACGGUUGUCACCUCACCUCACCAGGCUGAGUCCAUCUACAGUUGGAUUAAGCCCUCUUCAUGAUCCUUCCAUGACGUUCUGUUCUGAGCCACAAUGGAAAAUAAGAUGUACACAGUGUGAAUGAUAAACACAAAAGCCUGUAUUGUGAACUCUGGAUUUAUUUAAACUCUAGGGCCGUUUCAUAAAGCUGUUCGUAAGUUAAGAGCGACUUUAAAAACGACUGGUGAUCCUUUCUUGUGCUAUGUGAUAGAUCCCAUGUAAUUGAUUUAUGACCUAAGAACAUGUUCCAGUCAUGCGUAAAGUUGUGCGUAACUUUACGAACAGCUUUAUGAAACACCCACCUGGGGGCCGUUUCAUAAUGCUGUUCGUAAGCUAUAAGAGCGACUUUAAGAACGACUGGUGAUCGUUUCUUGUGGUAAAUGACAUUUUCAUUGGUGAUGGUUUAGCGCGUUAGAAAGGUUCACCAGUCGUUCUCUAUGUCGCUGUCACAUUGAAAAUACAUUUUAUUUUAUUUAUUUAUUUGUCCUUUUUUUAGCAAAAUUAUUUAACCUUAUCUUGUACUCUAGCAAGGUUGCAUAGAGACAGGAAUUUGAUUUUACUCUUCAAUGAGCAGAGCUUCUUUAAUUUAGGUUGCCAUCGAUGACCAUAGCUAAUUGAAAUAGUUACUUUUGUCCAGGGCAGUGGAUUUUUCCAUGCCGUGCUUGGAUAGGUCCCUUUUGUCCCAGGUAGGGAUCCAUUCCUUUUGACCAGCUGCUUGGGAUAGUUUAGGGCAAGGGUGUGUGUGCAGUAGUUUUCCAUUAGGUUUUGGCAGACACCAUUUUUAACUUUGGUGAGCACACAGCUUAUGUGCAGUUCUGAAGCCAGUAGAGAAAUUGCUAUUUUUGCUUACCAUUCUGACGGCAUAUCUCUAGGCUUUUUUUCUUUUGGAGCAGCCUUAUUUUCCAGUUUGUGAGCUGCUAAUCUUUAUUACCUGCAUGAGGUCAGAAAGCAGUAUUUAAAUCAUUUUUUUAGCCUGUUUUGCUGAAAGUCAUCGAUGGUGCCAAGGUGGGACGUAAUUCCCCGAGACUUCUGGUUAUUGAAGCCGAGCACUUCCGAAAGUCGCGAAGGACGCCGAGAUUCCCCGAGAGUAACCGAACAAGACUUUGGUGACGUAUACACGUGAUUGUUUGUCGAACUGAAGCAGGAAUAUAUGAACUAUGAACACUGAUGAGAAUGAUAAUCUGAUGGACAUUAAUAGUUUAGAAACUUGAUUUUAUAAGGGAACUUUCAAUAUAUGUUGCUUUUUAUUUUAUCUCCUUGACUGAUGUUGAAUAUAAAUACUUGUGUUUGUGGAUGGAUCAAUACAGGAUCCUCACAGUUAAUGUUAGUGAUGAGAUGAGGCAAACGAUGGUUCAGAGGAAUAAACGAGAGUUUUUGAAAAACUCUGAUGAUAACAGUGAAGUUGAGAUUAUAUUUGAAUUUAUGAUGUUUUUGGUGAAAUGGUAAACUGCAUGGAGUUCGCAGUAUUGUUUGAAAAUGAAAUGUUUUAUAAUGAUAUGUGAUUAGAACAAAGGGUCGAGAAGCUUUUGACUUAAGUGUUAUAUUGGUUAUAUUAUAUUUGAAUGUGAGUCAGGUUAUGAGUGGAUCAGUACAGGAUCCUUCAUAGUUAGAGUGAGUGGUGUUAUUGAAAAACAAAACAAUUAUUUUGAUGAUAUGUUAAAGAUAGACCAACUUUAAACCAGGUCGAUCAAAGGUACAUUCAGUUGUAAAGAUAUAUAUAUAUAUCAGUUUUGGGUGUCUCGAGACAAGGUAAAUUUGAAGUGGAAAUAAGUGAUAUCUUUUUGAGAAUCUACAUUGUAUUUUUUUUUGGUCCUGAAUUUUAUCAGAAAGAAACCAUUUUUAUUUCUAAUUGUAAACCAACAAAAUUAUACUGAAAUAAAUUGUAAAUAAUAUCAUACUGAAUGGCACAAGUUUGACGUGAGUUUUAUUUGAGUAUAUCCAUGUGACAGUCGCUCUUAACUUACGAACAGCUUUAUGAAACACCCGCCUGGUCUAAAGUCAUGUCUAAUAAUGGUGAUAUACAAAUUGAGACACAAAUUUCUUAUAAUAUGUUUACAAUGUCAACCGACACUAAAACCAUGGAGAACUGUCUUGGAAAGAAUCUAAAUGUGUGCUUUACUCAUGGAUAAAGCCAACUGUGACACAAAUAUCUUAUAGUAUAGUAGGUUCAGUAGAUCAUUCAGAACUGUCUGGGAAAGAUGAAUAUGAUAGCUGUCUCUACCAUUCGCGAAUGAGGAUAUAUCAGCAUAAGGAACAUCUAUGUGAACAAAAUGUCGACCAUUGACUUCCUAUAAUUUAAGCAGAGUUGGACCGUGCUGAUCUAAUUCAAACUAGACUCCAGGGGCGGUAUUCUGAACAUUGUCUUUUCUCCAUAUUUUAUCUUUUCUCAGAGAUAUGACAAAAUCGGUAUUCUGGUGGAUGUCAUAAAUUUUGUCACAAAAAUUGUCAUAAAUUUUGUCUCUUCUCUUUAGCGCGCACCAAAAAUACGCGGCUUUAAAUUCGCGUAAUCCUUUUAUACAAGCAAAAGAUAUGACAAAAGUUAUGACAGGGGUAGCAGUCAUAAUUUUUGUCAUAUCUUUUCGUACCAAAUAACCCGAUACCCUGCCGACUGAAUGUCAAGCAUAUAAUGAUAUUAUUUAGAUUAGAUUGUGGUAUUAGUGUCACUCAUCAUCCAUGACAAUUUUCAAAAUUAUUUUUUCAUGGUACAAUUAGUUAGGCCCUACAUAUUAAUUCCUCCUUUUUUUUUCUCUGUUUUACCUUUUUCUCUUCUAAAUCAUUCAUAGCUCCAUGUCUCUCUAUGUAAUUAAGCGCAUCAAUGUACGCGUAGUUGCGCGAUGCCAGCAACUUUGGGGAUACGCCCUACCUGCCACGGGGCCUUCUCUCACUGCACUGGGAUCUAACGAUGAUUUUGAUUGGUUUGCUUCCGAAAAGACGGCGGAAACUUAGAGAGAUAUGACGACAGGGAAUCUUCUUCUUCUUCUAUAUCCUUCCUCCGCUGUAUCGGAGAUCCGCAGUUUAAUACUGCAUUAAUAUUAGCGUUACAUAUUUUGACGUGAGAGUAAGGUAGACCGAGAGAGGUGAAUCUUAUGCAGGAAAUUUAAGACAAGUAGGUUGAGGUCAUUUCUGGAGGAAUCUGUUAAUUCGACGUCAGGUAGAAACAGGACGGAAACGGUAAAUUGUUGAGGUUCUUGAUCAUUGAAAUGCUCAGAAAAAUACUGCAGUUCCUCGUCUUCUUUUAUUAAGUUUAGAAGUGUUUUCCUGUGUGUGCUAAACGCUGGGCAUUCUCCAACAAAAUGUAUGGUAGGGGGUCCUAAAGCUGCGCGGGUCCUAAAGCUACGCACCACUCAUCGCGCAUACAGUUUUUAUGGCAAAUAAGCACUCUGUGUGUGGAACUGUGACUGCAGAGUGACGAACGAUUCCUAUUCAAUUUUUUCUUCAGAGGCUGCAGUAAAAUCUCUAAAUGCAGAGAAACCAACAACUGUUUGGAAUUUUGGAGUUAUAUUCGCUUAAAUUUCAUUUUAUCCUAUAAUAAUAUGAAUGUAUUUUAGAAAUUGAGGCACAAGAAAUACUAUUUUUUUGCAUGAUAAAUCGAGUGCGUAGCUUUAGGACCCCUUCUACAUCGGGUGGCGAAAUCAAGAGGUGUUCGGAAAACUCGGCGGGAUUUUCGUAUUAGUGAGUUUUGCGAUAUUUUCUUCUUGGUUAAUGAUCUUUAGAAUGUUUGCCACAAAUUAGUGAAAGAUAUUUGUUGAAAUAUUAAAAUUGAAAUAUUAAAAUUGGGGUAGUUUUUAUUGUUUGAAAACAAAGUGCGUAGCUUUAGGUCCCCCCAUCAUACAACACUUUCCAGUUCGGAGUGGCAGAACUUGCAGGACUUUGUGGCACUUUGAUUCAGAGACAAUAACCUUCUAUUCGUUGGGUAUUCGUUGGGUAUGUAUGAAUAGACAAUGUUCAGGAUACUGAUUUGUGACAAUCAUAGCGGUGUCACAUCUCGGAGAGAAAUGACAAAAUUUAUGAUAAUUUUAGUUAUGACAGUGUUCCAGAACACCACCCCAAAAUACGGGAAGCAGUGACUAUAUAACCACAAAAGGGGGAAAAAUGCCCCUCAUUGUCGCAGUUGAAUGUAUUUCAUCACAUUAAUUAUAUUGGAUAGCUCAGAAUGGAAUACCAGAAAUUAAUAUUGCAAGAGUUUUGGCAAGACAGCACCUCCGCAAACAUAUUCAAGAGUGAGGUGCAACAUGUCAGACUAUGUUAGUCUGCAUUUGUUUGUAAAUAUGAAAAUAUUAUAUAUAUGUUGGCUUUUUUUACCACAACUUCAACGGUGGAUACUCAGCACUCAGCAUUCAAGUCCACAAUACAGUACGACAAUACACCACAGGUGGUAUGUACUUAUAUAGGAAGAAGAAGAAGAAGAAAUAUUCCACGAAUCGCAGAUGAGUGGAAUGUUGGCACUAACGAGUGGAAUAUUUCUGGUCAGGAUCGAGGGCUGUGAUUACAAAGGUUUGUAAAAAAAAAAAAAAAGAUUGAUUAUUUACUGA